AUGCCUGUCCAUCAACAGUCCAAUCAUCUUAACCCAAACAAUGAGCCAGCACUGGCCGUGAUAGACAAUGGCCUCCAAACACUGUUAUGCUCAUUCCUGUUGCCAACUGGCAAUGAGCAAGAACAUCAUAUUCACUCUACACCAACACGUCCCGCAUUGCCACCUCCACUCUUUGAUUGGGGCUUGUCUGCUGCCCUGGGUCACACCGAACUGCCACCAUCAACAACUGAUCAGCAUCUCUCUCACCUAUCUCGUGCUCUAUUGGAUCACCUCGACACGCUCAGCGGCUCUGACCCUGAGGACGACGAGCAGUCAGAAGAUAAUGAGCCCCCAAUCAAUGGGGACUACAACAGUGCCAUACCCUACGGGGCUGAGCCAAGUGGAACCUCUGGCAAGGGGCCCGCCCUCAAUUGCACCUGGCCUCAUGAGCCUAUGUCCAUGUCGCAGCAAUGGUUCCCAUGGACAGACAAAGUGACAUGUACACUAGACAUCUUGAUGCAUCUGCCGCGCUCUGUGUUCUCCCACUGGCAGCUUGACCUAUUCCUCUGGCUGCUUAAGGUUAAUGAUAUCAAUGAUGUCCCUUCUGUCCACUCUAUGCACAGUAUGAAUGCAGCCCUGCAACACAUGUGUGGGAUAGAUAGUACACAAUACAAGGGGGCCCUUGGCCACAACUACACAGUCAACAAUCUGUCGCAAAUCAUUGCUCAGGAAAUGGCUAACCCUAAAGCCUGUCAGGCCAAACACUGGCUGGAGGAGAUGCCAGAUGAACAACUUAGCCCCAUGGCACGCAUCAGAGGCAAGGAUUACUUCAUCCAUGAGCUGAGCAUGCUGAUCUCCAGCGAGCACACCGGCAAACCAUUGCUGCAUGCGAAGUGUUGGUGCAUGCAUACGGCCACAACCAAUACGCAAAUGGGGUGGUGUGUGAAACAAGAGGACAACUUCAUUGUCUCCGAGACCCAAUUCUUGAAGAAUUUCACUGAGGUUUGUACAGACACUCAGUCUCUCUAUGGUAUACCUGACCCACAAAUAAUCCUUGGAAUGAUUGACUUUGUGACAGAAUACAACAUUCACUUCUUGGCAAUGUCGAAUACCACACCGCCGCUCGAAAUGCUUGAUGGGAUAGUGGAGCAGCUAGAACCCCAUUAUGUAAGCUACAUAAUGUUCAACCUGCAGCCGGCACACGAAAAGGUCCUAGAGCAAGAGAGCAAAAAGAUUAUCUCGAGCAUCUGUGAUGGUGUUGGAAUCAAGAAAACAGCACUGACAGACUUCACUUACACCAUGGCCAUGAAAUACAGGUGUGGUGGUGCAGGGGACAAGCUGGAUAAGGUUUACACUGUGCACGUCACGAUAUUGUGGUGGUUCUUGCUCAAGCAUCCAGAGUUGCUGUGCACUGAGGUGGAAGAUACAACAUACAAGGAAGAAGGCGUAGCAGACAAGUCUUCCCCAAGAGGCUCACCUGCCGCAAAGAAGCACAAAGUUCGCACACGGUGCGCAGGAGGGCGCGUUGCUCAAGGUCAAUGUUUUUGGAGUCAAGUUAAUGCAUUUUUUGCCCGGGAGCUGAGCGCGCGGGGCACAAACAUGGCCAAUGUGUCUUGGAAAGAGUAUAUUGACAAGAUGACAUGUAUUAUACCCAAUAGAACACAUCCCAAUACGAUGAGCGAGGGCUUAUGGACAGUGAGCGCUAAGACGGGCGCCAAAAUGAGUGUUGGCGUUGGGUUCGAACGAGCAAGCGCGAAGGUUUACGGAAGCAAGCGGCAUGGGAAAAAGAUCAAAUACAAAGUGAAACAAGGCACUAUCGCACCACAGCGCGGCAUGUCAGCGAGCCGGUAG